GAACCUAUUCCCUCGAUAGUUUCUCCCUUUAAAAGUCGAUAGUGUAAAGACAUUUGUGGCGUGUCUGCAGAGUUAACACUAUCAUAUUUGCGGAAAGUUUCAGCUGCAGUCCAGUGUCCCCUGCCUGCCUCACAUGCAGAAGUCUCCAAACUAACUUCUUACAUGACUGGAAAUGAGCGAAAAAUAAGCAAAUCACGCCGAGGGGAAAGGUGAUCAGCAGCUUGGCGGCCGCUUCUAUUUUUUUUUUUUUUUACACAUUUUUUUUUGUUUUUUUCAAGACGGGCUUGUUUUUCCUCCUCCCCGGGACAGAACCGGUGGUCGGAUCCGACCCGGCGCUGCGACGAUGCGCUGCUGCUCCGAGCUCCGCCGGGGACGUGACGCUCUGGCCGGAUGAUGGACGGAGACUACCCGAGCUCCAGCUUCGCGGACCCGCUGGCUGCACCAGCCCACACCGCGGCUUCGUGGGCCUACGACCGCGGCUCGGCGGCCAUCAAACCCAGUCCCAGUUAUGGUGCCGGACUGCUUGAUGGCGAGCUCCUCCAGCAGCAAAACUACACUUCCACAAACCAGCUUCCCACCUAUACUACAACACACAUUCCUGCUGCAGCAGGAACACUUGAAUCACGCAGUAAUACUCCCGUGACCUCAAUAAUGAGCUUCCUAUCAGCCAUGGAGUCGAGAAGUCUCCAGGCUGGUCCUGUUAGUGCCUCGCUGCUUCCUCCUUUUAGACCCCCAUCUUGGCCCACUGGUACCAACACCUCUACUACAGAGCUGUACUUGACUGGUGCCCUCCCUUCCACAGCCACUUUCCCCCCUCCUGCUGUUCUGUCAUCCUAUCAGCACACAGGUGCCUACCCUUCGAGGAGUUACGCUACCAACUCCUCUCUGGCUCUCCAGGAUCCAGCCUUCAGCACUUCCACCAGUGGCCUGUUUUCUCACCACGAUUCUCUGGUACAUCUCAAAUCGAGCCAAACUGUGCUUCCCACUGCCCUGGCCUUCAAUCAUCUCUCUGCCCCAUCUCUGGGCACAGCUCUUCCCGUGCAGUCCUCCACUUACCGCUCGGCCCAGGAGUCGGCCCCCCACCUCUUACAGCCGCAGUUCAGCCUCCUUCCCUCUGCUCUGCCGACGCCUCAUAGUGCCCCACAACCCUAUGGGGCUACGAUUUUCUCCGGUUCUAUUGAAAGAGCUCUUCAGCGCGAAUGUAGUGUGAUCAAACACCAUCAAAGGCCUUCAGGAAACCACAUUGCCUCAGAGCAGUUGCCAAAUUCAGAUCACUCCUUACAGGGGUACUUUGGCUCUGGCAGUGAAGCAGAUGCAUCCUACCAGCAGGAUUCCUCCUGUCACACUCCAGUGUCCUCCAGCCCCUCCACAACAGCAGACUCCAGCCAUGGUAUCAGUGGUUCUCCACAACCCAAAACGGAUUGCGUAACACAGGCUUACUCAUCCACUUCCCUGCUGAAAGAUAAAGACUGCCCUUCCAAGCUAGCUCCGCACUCUGCCAGGGAUGAAGAGAUCCACUCUCAGACCCUGACGACAGGGUCUCCUGAGCGCUUCCCCUCCCCUGCUCAGAAGGAGCACUUGGUGAUUGCAAAUCAGCAGGCAGUCCAGCUAUCUAACCUAAUGUCCAGCAGUUUCGCUCAAACCUAUAUCACACCACUCUCACAGUCACAGGCCUCCCAUUCCACCUCAGACAAACUCUCUUCCCUCUACACGACUUUGCCUUCGCUCUCAAGCCACUCUGAUAGUGUGGCAUCUGUAAGCCAAACUCUUGUCUACUCGCCGGCCCCUCAGCUAAACCAAGAGCAGGAGAUCCAGUAUGGAGCGCAGGUUCAGAGCUUAUGCCCGGGAAAUCCCUCUGAGAGUUACUCUACAUCCCACUCUCAGGGGGCCCUGAAUUUGACUUUCACAUCUCAAUCACAGGAACAAGCUCUGGGAACUCGUUCUCAAAGCUAUGCCACGGGACAAUCCCUUAACUCUUCGUACCCACCCACAUGUGUACAGACUCUUGCCACAUCAAAUUCAACCGUGAACUACGCUCAGAUGCAGAACUCGGAAGGAGAUAAAACACACAAUACUCUCUCCCAUCAGCAGACGCAGUCCCACAAUGUUUUAUCCUUACCAAUGUCCACCUACUCUUCGGCUUCUCAAGUGUUGCAAAAUAGCAUAGCGUCGUCGAUACAGGACAUAAAACCAACGUAUGACAAAGGAAAACUCGUAGAGCUUCCUCUCCAGGACAUGGAUGGUCUUCGGCAGGCAUCCAUGGUCUCUGCAGCCGACAACAGCGUGGCCUGUCAGAACAAUGUCAUUUAUGUUGUUUCAAAAAUGGACGAUCACAAACCGCAAAGUGUUAUCCGAAGCAAUUCACGUUCUGAUGAGCAGCCCAUGGGACUAGGUCAUGCAGGUUCAGCACAAGUGAAGGAUGAACAGAUGGGUUCUGUGAGCCAGCACCAGAUCAAUUCAAGCAGUACCAAUUCUCAUAAAACGGCCAAUACGAAAACUACAAACUCCAUUAUCGUGCCCUCCCAUGUAGCGCUGUGCUCGGAGCAGCCCAAGCCGCACCAUCUUCAGAUCUGCUCUCCUGAGUCCCACCAACAGAACCACCAGAGCCAUAGUCAGUCGCAGAGCCAGGCCCCAACAGCGCACACCCAGUUCAUCACAGUCCCCAGCGGUCAGGUUCUACUGGAGCCCAACCAAAUGAUUCUGGUCCAGCAGCCUCUGGUCCACAGCAGUCAGAAUACGUCAAAGCUGGUGUCAGUGCAAGGUAUCCAACCCCCUCAGAGUGUUGCUGCAGGUCACGUCCAGUACCUUCAGACUGAUCAAGACCUCCUGGGCCCCAGUGGGCCUGAAACCCAGACUCAGCAAGGCACGGUAGUGUCCGAAGCAAACGCAGAAAGCUCCUCUUCCUCUAAACACCACUACAGCCACACAGUUGAUGCCAAGAACCACUUUGCUCUCAACUCCAUUUGUUUCCCCGACUCUAUACUGAUGGCAGAUGAAAGAAAUAUCUUGUCAAAUGUAGACGACAUCCUGGCUGCCACCGUGGCAGCCUGUGGCGUCACGCCACAAGACUUUGUUAAAUCUGCAUCCAAUGCUGAGGCUGAAAUGGGGGGGAUGGCAAGUCCAGUUGAUUCCAGAGGUCACCUUCAGACUGUGGAUAUGAGACACGCAUCGCCAAGCUUUUCUUCCGCACAAAAUCCAGUCAUGACGAACACCAAAUGCCACACCAUCAGUAUGACACUAAAUGAAGCUCAGAAGGCUACAGGUUGCCAGGGUCAGACUCACCACGAUAGCCCGACCGAGCUGGUCACAAACGGAAAUGGAAGGGGCUCUGAGAGCGGCUACCACUCGGCCGGACAGGCGUUUGACCCCGCAGGGGUCCAGAAUAGCGUCAAAGGGAAUGCUAAAUGUGCAGAUGCAGACAGUCCCGACGGUGGUGGGGAUUCUCCCAAAAAGAAGACUCGCUCCAAGUCCUUGACCAAACCCGGAGGUCCGGAGGAUGAUGGCGGACUUACAAAAACGGCCAAACGCAGCGGGCAAGCAAAGCGGCCAACCUCCAAAGGGAGUGAAGUGGGCUCGCCGUCUGCUUCACACAGCGUGUACGAUAGCUGUCCACAACAAGAGAGGAUCAGGCAGAAGAUUCGUGAGGUGGAAGAGAAACAGCCAGAGGUCAAAACGGGCUUCAUUGGCUCCUUCCUGGACUUUAUCAAAUCUGGCCCCAAACAGCAAUACUCCCCAAGCCCAACACGGACGAUUAAUCGGCAGAGAAAACCCUCCACUUCAUCCAAACUGUGCGUGUUGCCUGCUUUGCCUCUCAAAGUGCAAGCUCUGCCCAGACCCUUUCUGCCCCAAGAGUCUCCGGCAGUGAGCUCUCAGCAGAAACGUCUGGACGAAGAUCUGCAAAAGAACUUGGAGACCUUGCCGUCGUUCAGCUCAGACGAAGAGGAGAGCACCGGCAAGAACCAGGCUCUGAGGAACAGCAUCAGCUCGGCGCUGUCGUCUCUGGAUGAAUCCUCCGAUCGGAAAUCAAGAACAGAUAACCAAAUUCACGGUUUGCUGAUGAAACCAGACCAAGAGCCCGCUGUGUCACACACUCCCAUGCAGGCCUGCCUGCCGCAGGUAGCCCCCCCUGCCCCACCGACACCCCCAGCCCCGGGCAGGACGGCAUACGUGACCAAAGAAGAGUAUAAGGACACGCCGUCAGACCAGCUAGCUGCACAGUUACUGAACGUGGCCAUGGAGGGACUGACCGACGAGGAGCUGUCUGACAGCGGGGGGGAGGGAAUGUACCGCGAAAGAGACGAGUUUGUUGUCAGGAACGAGGAUAUCGAAACCCUGAAGGUGAUGAUGAGGGCGGGCAGUGAACCUCCGGCUAUCUGGAAGGUCCAGAAGGCUCUGCUGCAGAAAUUUGUGCCUGAGCUGAGAGACGGAAGGAGAGUUUUCUCUGCUACAAACAGUUACCUUGGAUACUUUGGUGACGCCAAGACCAUGUACCAGAGAGUGUAUGUGAAAUUCCUGGACACUGUUAACAAAAGGGAGUAUGUGCGCGUUUGUAGUCGGAAGCCGCGCUGCAAGCCGAUGAACUCUCUCAGGAGCGUCCAGGUGAAAACUUUGCUGGGAUUGACAGCUCCGCCUUCUUCACUUCCCCAGAGCCAAAAGCCCAAACCCAAACAAGUGAAGCCAAGGGCGGAGCCGCCGCCCAAGAAGAGGAGGAAGUGGAAAGAAGAGUUUUCCCAAAUCGCUUCGGGAUCAUCUCCAGACGAAGGGGGUGAAGAUGAUGCUCUCUCAGAGUUAAACCCGCCGUUUGCUUCACGGUUCCUCAACACACGGACCAUGAAGGAGACGUUCAAGAGCUUUGUGGAGCUGCUCAUCAGCGUCGCCCUGGACGAAGACGUGAUGGCAGCACUUGAGAGAGCAAAUGAUGAACUGCUGCUGCCACAUAUGAAAAAGGUAGAUGGGAUGAUCACGGAGAACAGGAAACGUCUGCUUCACAAACUGCACAUAGGACAUGUCCUGAAGACAUCUCUAGACAGCUUCCCAGAGAUCUCAGUGGUGACUGAGCUGAAGAAGGAUGGAGAAACCCCGGCCUUUAAGGUACGUCUCAGUGGAAAGGCCUACAACAAGAAGACUAUGAAGCCCUACAAGAUGCCCAACAAAUUGCCCCAGGAGUAUACGGUGGACCAGCAGAAAACUCAGUGGUUCUCUCUGUACCACUCUUUACAGCAUUACAAAUACCACACAUACCUCAUGUGUAGGGAUGAGAUUGCAUCUCUGCGUGUUCAGGCCGGGGACCUUGGGCAGGUGGAGACUGUGCAGAAGUGUCUGCAGAACGGACCUUGGGUGGAGGGGCUCUUUGAUCGCUUUGGAGAGCUAAUCAGUCAAGUGCAGCAGGUCUGCAGAUGAUUCCUCCUCGGGACACUGAGUGAAAAAAGGAGAAAAAGAAAGAGGUCUGUGCUUGAAGACGAGAGGAUGCCUCCAGGUCCAAGCGGUAGCGGAGGGGGAAGUGGAUCAAUCCUACCGGGAGAUUUGAGGUGUAAAAGAUGCAGCAGGAGAGCUGUGGAAAUGUAUCCUCUCCACCGCUGCAUCCUAGUGGAAAGCAGAAAUUUGCGCAACGCAGUACAUUGAUUUUUGUUUGGGUGAGAAAUUUGGAAGACUUUCAAAUGGUGCAUCUCCUAGUCAUUGUUUUUUUUUUUUUGUAGUUUUAAAAGCCUGCUUUUUAUGGGCCUUUUCAUAGAUUUAUAUUGGCUUUUUUUAAUAAUCUUUUUCCUUUGAAUGUCACGUUAUAACACAUGAGUAUGCACUAGGUAGAAAGCAGUCUGCAUAGAAGGUAGAGCAUGGCAGAUGAAAACACAGAAACCUUCUUGCCUACUGCUUUAAACAAGUCUUCAUGAUAAAUCAUUCAAGUACGCUCACACACGGAGCUGAUUUACUGUACAAAGAGAGUCUAUUCAGCUAGCUGCAUACUGUUUCUGAGAUAUCCAUUUUAUAAUGGAGUGCCAAGUCUUAUAUAUAUGUAAUGUACAUUUUGUAUAAAACAGAUGGAAGGUGGGAACUGCUGCAGUUCUGCUGUGGAACUGAGCAACUGCGAACUUUGGUGAUGUCGUGGUUUUACUUUUGUGCAUCAAACACUCCUUUGCUCGUCGGGAUGCAUUUUGAUGGACUGGGUGCUGUUCUGGUUCUGGUUUCACUCCCGCCGAUCAGAAAUCACUACUUUGAAAUGUCUUGGGGUGACAUGAAAUGAAUCAAAGUUGUCUUUAUAUUGUUUUAUCUACAUAGCCCACAUUUUAUGACAAAUCUAUAUUUUCCUCAGAAGUAAAUAUUGUUAUACGAUGUUCAUUACAAUUUAAAUUGUCUUUUCUUUUCACAGUUCUCUACAGUUGACUCUUUGAGUCAGUUACAAGUUUUAUGAUGUCAAAAAAAAAAUCUUGUUCUAUAAAAACACAGUUUGUAAAUAAAAU